GACAGGUGGCUCUGCCACUGACAGUGAGCCCAGUAGGAGUUGCCCAGUUCUGGACCAGUCUGGCAUGAGACGGUGAUCUUGCAAAAUGUGUGUGCCGCAAGUGUUUACACUAACUUGAUAGUGCGCACGAUGUCGGUCAGGGGACGAAUUUCGAGUGCCCUGGACGUCCUCCUAAGGGUUCCGCCAGUGUUUGUGAUGGACGCUGUCUUAAAUUCCAGCCUAGGCUUAGGAGGCGAAAAUAUUGUCACGACUCACUACUCUGCCCGUAAAAUAAAAGCCGACAGCGUUGACAUUAAUGCGACGAGCCCCGAAUUUGAGAACGAUCAUUUUGCGUAUCUGGACGUGCCGACGUUACUUUGGUUCUUGCUAUACCUUCAAGCCUUCUUGGGCGCUCUGGUGGUGGUGCUGUUGCCGACGCAGCAGCUCGUGCACGUGUACACCUGGCUGACGACUCUGGGUGCUGUGGCCUGGUCCUACCUGUGCAACCAAGAGUUUGUGGCCUAUGCCGAGGCCCUGUCACGCCAGGGCAGCACCAGCCUGCUCCUCGAGCUGCUGCGCCUCGACCGGGGUGCGCUGCUACGCACGGUGGCUAACUACGGCCUGCAGCUGGUGCUGGCCUUGCUGCUUUCGGCGGGGCAGGGGCAGGGCCCCGCAGGCGCCGCCGUGCUUUGCCUCGCCUUCCUGGCCCCGACCCUGGCAAGCCUCUGCCUGCUGCCGGCCAGCCCCUUGGCCGCUGCCGCAGGUGCCCAGCUGCUGCUGGCGCUGCAAGCCCUGGCACGGGGCGGGCCCCUGGGGGCCCUGGCCGGCGCCCUGCGCUCGGGCCGGGCCGCUGUGGCCCAGCUGGGCGUGUAUGCACUGCUAGAGGCUCACUGGGCACGCCUCAGGGUGCCCCAGGUACUGCGCCUCUUCUGGCUGGCGCGCAUGGCAGGGCAGGCGCUACGGCUGGCUCUGGCCGGCACUGCCCCGGGCCCGGCCGUCUGCGAGCUGGCCGUGCGGGGCUGCGACACGGCCGUGGCGCUCGUCGGCAUGGCCAGCGUGGUGGCCGCCCUGGCUCAGGGCCUGGCCUGGGCUGCCCGGCGCACGCUGCUGCUCGAGGGCAGCCCCGAGCGAAGCCUGGGCACCGUGGCAGGGCUGCUCUUCCUUGUGCUGGCCCUCCAGACGGGUCUGACGGGUCUCGAGGCGCCCCGGCGCCUGGCCCGUCUCUACCGCAACCUCUGCCUCCUCUUCACCGCUGUGCUCCACUUCGUCCAGGGCAUGCUGGGGCCGCUGCUUGUAUCCCUGGGUGCCUCACGGAGCGGUUCGCACCGGCGCCACGCCCGGGCCCUUGCCCUGAGCGCCCUGCUCGUCGCCUUCCCCUGCGGCUUCGUGGCUUACCUGUGGAGGCGCCAUGCGGUCAGCCCCUGGCUCCUGGCCGUCACCGCCUUCAGCGCUGAACUGACGGUCAAGGUGGUCGUCUCCCUGCUUGUCUACGGCCUCUUCCUCGUCGACGCUCGGAGAGAGACGCUCUGGGAGCCUCUGGACGACUAUGUGUACUAUGUGCGGGCUGCAGGCAGCGUGCUUGAAUUCUGCUUCGGUGUUUUUCUCUUCUUCAACGGUGCCUGGAUAUUUGCCUUCGAGUCACGGGGCACCAUUCGCGCCUUCAUGAUGUGUUUCCAUGCCUACUUCAACAUUUGGCAGCAGGCAAGGGCUGGCUGCAAAGCUCUGGCACGGCGGCGAGCCGCCUUGCACAAACUACACUCACUCCCAGAGGCGACGCCCCAGCAGUUGCGCGACUUUGACGACGUGUGUGCUAUCUGUUUCCAAGAACUGCAGGCAGCACGAGUGACGCGCUGUCGACAUUUUUUCCACGGAGCUUGCCUACGCAAGUGGCUCUACGUGCGUGACAUGUGUCCCCUGUGCCACUCGACUCUGCACAACCAGUGAACGUCGCAAAACAGCAUGCACAUUAUUUAUUGCCCUUCUGAUUCAUUCCACGAUGUUACUUGCGCCGCUUGGCCUUGCGCUCACCCUCGGUGGGUCGCGGUGCUGGCAAUCCCAUGUAGCCACUGCAGUUGCUGGCCCCACAGGCGCACUUGAUCCUCUCGUUGCCCCGGCAGUCAAGGUUGUAGUUGAAGGUGAGCUCCGUGCCUGCAAAAAAAAAAAAAAAAAGGGCCAACCAUUCCACCUGUAAGCCUUACCAGCUCUGUUCAUAGCACAUCACCCACUUAUCAUUCCUGGCAGUUUCACUGCUUACACGGCCUGCUCGACUAGGCCAUGGCUGGCUUGACAGGUCAAUUUCACCAGAGCCUUCACAUUCACGAUUAAUGCUUAGUUGUGAAAUGACUCAGAGUGCCAUUUUGCGGCUCUUGGAAAGCGUAGAGGAAUUGUUAUUGCUACCGGCACUCAUAUGCCUGGUCUGUUCGGGUCGCGUCAAUCAUUUCAAGCAAAUGUGCCCUCCUGUGGCUAGUUGGAAUGCUGGCUGAGCCAUCCGCCAUGUCAAAGGCUAAUUGCAGUACUUUCACCGUGGAAAUUCGGUUCACCGUGAAAGAUUUUCAGGAGUUCUAAAUGAAUACUCACUCCUGUUCUAAGGCAUCCCUCAUGCUCAUCAAUGGUUUGCAAAAUAAACUAUUUUCUUCCCCAAAAA